UAUCGCCACAGAUGACACACUCCACAUUUCCACGAGAAUGUUGGGUGUGAGACAUGAAGAUUUUCUUAUUUUUACCCUUGUCCUCAUUUUAUUACUUGUCAGCCACACAAAGUGUUACCUAAUCGAUGUAACAGGGGAUGCGUUUGGAGACCAAUCAGAUGGGUUUCUCGCAGCAUUUGGUGAUUUUAACUCUGACAAGAAAACGGACUUGUUCGUGAUCACAGGCAACGGUCAAAACUUAACACUGUUAAGUGCGAAAAAAGGUGGCGUUUUUGGUAAGCAUGUUCUGAUAAAAAGCAACUCGUCCAGUACUGACAUCAUCACAGGAGUGAUGCCUGCUGAUUUUGAUGGGGACUCACAGAUGGAUGUUCUGGUAGUAAAGAGGCCCUCAGGGAAGAAUGUUUCACCUGUUACUGUGGAGAUACACUGGGGUGACACUUCCUCCUCCUUCGCCUUAGAUAAUAAACCUACAGUUUUACCAGACAAGUUUGUUGAUCAGCCUCUUCUCCUGGAUGCCAAUGGGGAUUUGAUGCCGGACUUAUUUGGAGAAACGGCUCCUGGGAACCGUUCCUAUUGGCUGUCAAGUGCGAAUCGUACAAUCAUCAGGAGAGAGGUGGAGAAUGGGACAUCCCCUGCCCAGUUACCCCCCCUUCACUUCCCGCACUCUAGUGCAUUUGUAGACCUCAAUCAGGAUCUUACCCCUGAUCUGCUGGUUGUGUCGGAGGAUAAAGAUGGAGCUGUUCAGUUUGAACGCUGGAUUAUCAGUAAAGGGAAUUUGACUUGGAACCAAACCAUUCCUAUGGUGAUCCCGCCCAAGGGUGGUGCAUGGAAGCAUGUCGGACAGGUCUCGUUUGUUGAUCUCAAUCAUGACCAGGAGUACAACCUUAUUGUGCCUGUGUGUGCUGAUGAGGACUGCCAAGAGAGCUUCAUCUAUGUGUAUACCCAAAAUAAGUGGAUAAAACUUGAUGUGAAUUUCUUGAGUGAUUUGACAAAAACAACAUGGGGGUUUGUCCCUCCAGCUAACAACCCAAUGGCUGACCUUCUGACCCUGCCUAUUUCCCUGCGAGUGGCAGAUUACACCAUGGAUGGAUACCCGGAUCUCAUUGUCACGCUACAGGAUUCUAAAAACAUCUCGUCAGUGGCACGUCCUUACAUUUUUAUCAACACCCCCUGCUCAACCUGUGAGAGUUUUAAACGGAAUUUCGUCAUUGCCUGGGAUGCAGAAGACUAUGCUAAAUCUGAACCUUUGCUUGUCGCAACAUUUUUUGAUUAUGAGGAAAACGGUAAUUUAGACAUGAUUCUGGUGUCAUACAUAGAGAGCACCAAACAGCCACAUCUCCGACUUCUCAAAGCUGUGUCAACAGAUGACCUCUGCUUUCUGAAGGUCAUGGUGCUCUCCGGACUGUGUAAUGGAAAAUGCCCACAUGGAACUGAGUCAUAUGGAGUUAACUUGCCUGGCCCUACUACCUGGUACCACACCAUGACAUCAGCAGGAGAUCCACAGAUGAGUACAGCCACACAGCUUUACCAAUCGACCCACUUCUCAUUACAAACACCCUACACCAUCAUUGGAUUGGGACGAACGCCAAAUUUUGUGGAGCAGUUCCAGGUGGGCAUACAGAGACCAGAAAAUAUGGAGGAGUCUCUAGAGAAGACGUGGACGUACAUUGUGCCAAACUCUCAGCUCAUUGUCAUUCCAACUCCACAAACAAACCCCAGCUCCUGGAAGUACAAGUUAUUCAUGACCCCCAGUGAGCUAGUCUUGCUGACAGGGGCCUCCCUGCUGGGCACUUGUGGGUUUAUCAGUAUCAUUGUGGGCAUACUACACUGGAGAGAGAGGGUGGCAGACAAGAAGGAAAAGCUGCAGGAAUCUCAGAGGUUUCAUUUUGAUGCCAUGUGAGGGGAAUUCCCUGUGGGAAGGGGAAUUCUCAUCCAAUGGACUAGUGGUCUACCCUAUCAGUGCAAUCGGCAUGCACAAACAUUUUCUUCAACUUUCACUUCUGUGUUAUCUCAUUACUGUUGAUUUUCAUCCAGAUUUAUUGAAAAGUAAUUUAUUUCCAUUUAUUUAUGUACAGUUUUCAGAUGUAGUUGACUUUUGUAGUGUAUUUAUAUAGAUGUUAUGGUUAUUGAUGUAAGACAUUAAGAAGAAAUGUUUAAUAGUCUCACAUACUCCUGAUUGAUGUCCUUGAUGGCUGUCCACAGCAAUGUGACUCAUGCUGUGCAGUUUGUGCCUAAGGUGUUUUCAGAAUUUUAAGAAGGUGCUGUCAUUGUUUUACAGUGGUAUUUCUUGUGUUGUCAAGGGUUUAAAACUGCCCUAGUAUCAAAUCCCAAGAAUCAGCAGCUUGGUACGAAACACUGUUCAAUGUUGUUGGGUUACACAACGAGCACCAAGACCAAGGCGUUGAAGUUUAUUGUUCUUCGAAAAAAAAAAAAAAAAAAAAAUGCUUACUUCAUGUUGUCGCUCUUUUUUAACUUCCUCUGCAGAGGUCAUGAACUUAAGGCAAAUCAAUGGCAAGCUAAUAUGUCAAAGCUGAGUAUGAAUGGUAAUGUAACAAAAGUGAUAUUUAUAAGCUGUGUGAAAUAGCACCUUUGUCACUGAAGGAAAUCCCGAUAUUUAACAUGUAUAUAAAUCGUGAAAACAAAUGUAAAACAUAUAUAAGUUCAAAUCUGGUUGUUGACAGAAAUAAACAGCAAGACGGGGGAGGUAAAUGUACCAGUCACACAAUGUUGUUUGAAAAGUCCUCUCUGUUUAAUAUGUAUAUUUGCACAUGACCCACAAAUGACAUCAGGGUAAAACAUAUAUAUGUGUACAUGUACCUAAUAGUUUAAUGACAAAUGGGUGACGUGUACUUAACUUCCAUGGCAACCAGUACUGUAGUUAUUACGUCGGUAUGGUAGUUACGAGGACGUAGCGCUACGUGCGCUUUGUGAAACAAGCCGCAGGACGUGGUUAUUAGGGCCGGGUGUCCAGUUUGAAAUAGGAUAUGUCACCGUCAUCGCUGUUUUUUGAGAUGCAUCUUAUGGAAUUACACAGCAACGGGAAUCUUCUUUCUAAACACCUGUUGGAGACUUUCAUAUCGCCGAAGUUUGGGAAAUGAAAGCCACUUAAUUUUUAGGGAAUGUACCAAAGGUUCAUAAAUGAAGGUUAUUUGCCAUAUAUCUAAGAAUUUUUUUUUACAAACUUUGCUUUGAGACCGAUACAUAAUUAUGAUUGUUACACUUGUAUACUGAUUGUAAGUGAGAUUACCAUUUUCACCCUGUAAGUGUUGGACGCCUGAUGGUUGCCAUGAAAAGAAAACGUAUGGUUUUGUUGGCAGAGGAUAACGCCUAUAACUAUAGAAAAGUUUUGUCCAAAUAAUUUCUGUCCUUCGUAUGGCCGUUUCUGAUGUAAAUCAUGCAUUUUUCCUUCUCACUUUGAAUCCUUUACUCCAGUGGUUUAUCUCAUUGUUUGCUGUCUAUUUAACGUUCCCUGUUAAAAUAAUACUCGGCCCUAAUUCUCAACUGUGUGUGUUAGGACAAAUGUGUAUCAUUUUGUGUUUUACAUUUGAAGCGCAUGUAACCACCAUGGCAACAAGCACUAUAAGCAAUACUUUGCCAUCUUGCCAUGACAUCUACGUGCUUGGUAACCAGCACUGUAAGCAAUACGUCGCUAUGGUAGUUGGGUGCUCAUCGCAGUAUGGGGGUUUCCUGUAGGUGAAACCUGGUUUCUAUAUUAAUGUGACAACCAGUGUGGGUUCAUACACAUUCCUCGUAAAUAUCUUGUUUAUAUCAACUAUGGUGCUCAUGAAGUAACUUGAUCAUUUCCUUUCAGCGAAAAAUGUUAAAAGUUCAUGGGAUGACUGACUGAAGGAAAGCCAUUUCACUAAUAGAAACACUGUGUCUACAAACGCUGGAAACCAGUAAACAGCAACAGUUCGUGUUUUUUAAAUUUACACUUGGAGGUCCAUCUUUAUUUUCGGACCAUACUUUGUAGCCAUAUGUAAAUAGUUGCUCCCAAUGGACACUUUGUAUAAAGUCUGUAAAUACAUGAUUGAAGUCUGUAAAUAAACACGAAGCGUCGGACCGCUGUA